AAACUUUCUCAACUAUGUUUGCAAUGUUUGGUAUUACAUAAUACCUGGAGUCAGCUAGGUUAUUCAUUCAUAAAAAUACUCUGUAACUCAGCUCUUGUGUGUUAAAUAAUCGAGUCUGCUACUGCAAACAGUUAUAUUCACGUUGGCCUCAUGGCCUGUAAUCAUACCAGAGUUCUCUAGUUCAUUUGUCGAAUUAUUAAAUUUUAAUGACAUGAUACUGCUUACAGUUUCACCUUUACUUCACACCGAGUCUACAAACCCUAACGUUUUUGUUUAAAGAUGUAUAACGCAUCUCUUGUAGUUGUUUAUUUUAUUGGUUUUAGGAUUCUUGUUUUCUUAUGUGUACUGUUCUCCCGCCUCAGCUAUGCAGCUGGGGUGUUGAUUCACAAAAAGUCCUUUUCUUUUUGCAGAUGAUCUCGAAAGGGUGCUUAAUCUAACCUGCUUCGUUCCUAACUUCUCGAAAAAAUAUAAUAACUUAAUCUAACCUGCUUCGUUCUUAACUCCUCCACAUUUUGAGAAACAGUUACUAUAUGCUGCUAACCUUUCUUAAACAGGUUGGGAGAGCAUCUGGCGCCAUAAAGAAACCAUUUUAAUAUGCUGAGGAACUUGAUAUGGGCAACAUCAAAGCACGAUGUGUAUUUCAUGAAGAACUACUCCCUCAUGCAUUGGUCAUCUUUGCUUCAAAGGAGCAAAGAAGUACUUAACGUGGCUAAGCCCAUUGUUCCUACGAUGAAGCAUCCUGGAUCGUUGUCGCAGUCCAUAUCAAGAGUCCAGAUAAGCACCAUGGCAGUUAAAGACGAUUUGAUAGUUGCCGGAGGGUUCCAAGGAGAGCUUAUCUGUAAGAGAGUCAACGAACCUGGAGUUGCAUUCUGUACUGUUCUAACAUCGGUUGAAAACGACAUCACAAACUCGGUCGAUAUAUACAACACACCAAGUGGCUCGUUAAGAGUUAUAACCGCGAACAAUGACUGCACCGUCCGUGUACUUGACGCUACAAACUUUGCUUUCCUCAACAGUUUUACCUUUGACUGGUCGGUAAAUAACGUGACGGCAAGUCCAGACGGGAAGCUAGUAGCUGUCUUAGGAGACAGUCCCGAGUGCUUACUAGCCGAGGCAGGAUCAGGUAAAGUGAUCCAUGCCCUCGAAGGCCAUCUCGACUACUCGUUUUCAUCAGCAUGGCAUCCAAACGGGCAAAUCCUAGCCACGGGGAACCAAGACACAACAUGCAGGCUAUGGGACGUGAGGAACUUAUCUAAGUCGCUCAAAGUGUUGAAAGGAAACAUGGGAGCUAUUAGAGCGUUGAGGUUUACUUCUGAUGGACGGUUCUUGGCCAUGGCUGAGCCAGCAGACUUUGUUCACGUCUUUGACACGGAAGCUGGUUAUAGUCAGUGUCAAGAGAUUGAUAUGUUUGGAGAAGUAGCUGGAAUAUCGUUUAGUCCUGACACGGAAGCACUGUUCGUGGGAGUGGCUGAUCGUACAUACGGUAGCUUGUUGGAGUUUAGUAGGAAGCGUAACCACUUGUACUUGGAUUCCAUUUUCUGAUCUGACUCCAGUGAGCUCUAUGUGUGUGAGAGGUUAUGUUACGACGUUGGUAAGGGUUAAGUCGUUGUUUUUGUGGACUUUUGUACCUUUGUUUGCCACUUUAUGUAAGUUUAUUGAUAGAUUUAUAUUAGUUCUAUGCAAGGUUAUUGCAGUUUAA